AUGAAAAACAAAUACACUCCUAUUUCAGGUUCUGAUGACUCUUCCAAAACGCUCAAUGAUGAAAAGGCAGAUAGUCGGUCGUCUCCUUCAGAUGGUACGCCUCCUCCGUAUACAGCUUCAACCAAGUUUAUAGAUUUAGAAAUGGCUGAUGGAUCCGCUCAGAAUUCCGCUAAUAAUUCUGGUUGGGAUGUGGUGCUUUGCCAGAAAGUCUUAGCAGGCAUCUUGUUGCCUAUAACUAUUGGGUAUAUUGUGGCCUAUGCUAUUCUUCUUGUGUUAUUUUUUGGUUUCAAGGCUUCUGUGAAUGCGAAAACCCUUUGGGGGCUUUUUGGUGGCUUUGUUGCAGCCUUUGUAUUGUUUCUGCUUGCAAUAUUUCAAAUGCCUAAAGAAUGGUUCACGCAAGCUGGAAGAGCAACCAAAAACGUAUUGUCAGCUAUGUGUAUCUCAGCAUUAUAUAUGUGUUUUCUCGAUGUCCUCGGUUUCACCGUGUAUUAUGCUGCAAAGAAGUUCACAGGAUUUGAAAAGAUAAACAAUAAUUUUAUCUACUUUGUUUGUUUUGUUAACGUUGACUUGUUUCUUUUAUUGACGAUGAAUGCAAAUGCGCGUGAAAUACUAAGGUUAGUUAUUAUUGAUUUAAAAAACGGAAUAGGAAGCUGCGUAAACGGAAUAGGAAAUGGUAUAGGAAACGCUGUGGAUCGUAUUUUAGAUACAAAUCGAGGAGAGCAAGUAUCUCAGAAUGAAGAAAUCGAACUUCAGCCUCUUGCUGAGCAAAGCGCUGAAGUUUGA